CUCUCUCCCCUCUCUCUCUCUCCUCCCUUCUCGCUCUCAUUCCCUCGUUCCGUCUCUCUGUUUCUUUCUCUCGCGGGGACAGCGAGUGACGGAUGGAGGGAGUGCGGAGAGAGAGAGAGAGAGGAGGUGGAGGGGUGGAAGGAUUCGGGGUGAGAUUUGGAUAUGGCCGGACUGAUUUUCUCCCCACCCCUGCGCCCAACCCCCCACCCCUCCAACACCCUCCCCCCACCUCACCCAGCAGAGACCCUGCACAAACCCAAAUUAUACCUGGACCAGACGAGCGGCGUCUACUGCCGAGGGGACACGGUGACCAUCUCCUGUUCGGCCGGGAAGGGGGGUCCCCCUGGACGCCGGACCUUCGAGCUGUACCGGGAGGAGCCCCAGGGGGCGCCAGUCGCCAGGGUGACAGCGAGGAGGGCAGACUUCCGGCUCAACGCCACGGAGCGGCUGGUCAACUACAGGUGCCGCUACGGGAUCCGGGGAGAGGAGCGCGAGGGGGAGUGGAGGUGGUCCCCCUUCAGCGACGCCGUCCGGGUCUUCGUCACCGAUCCCACCGUGAUUCCGGAGCUGAGGAAGGACAGGCCGGUGGGGGUCUACGCGACCGGGGAGAGCGUCCGGUUGACGUGCCGCGGUUCCGGAGGGAACGGCCGCUUCAGGCUUUACCGAGGGCCCGAGGAGGAGGAGGAGGAGGAGGAGGCCGCUCUGGAGAGCCCCCGGUGGUACCGAGGGGACUCUUACACCUUCGAGGUGGGGGGCCUAGCCCAGCUGGGCACCCAGUGGUACAGCUGCUCCUACUGGCGCUGGGUAUCAGGCCGAGAGAUCUACUCACUACGGAGUGGGCCCGUCCCUGUCACUCUCAUCG